CCAGGUGGAACUGGGCCUGAAGCGAUCUCACUACGGCACCCUCCGCAAUCCCCUCCAGCUUCCAGAGGUCCUCCUCCUCUUAACCCCCCUCCGCCGCCGCCGCCCAGUUCUCCGCUGUUCUAUUCGCAUCGGCAGCGUCUUCUACCCAAGCCGCCACCAUGCCGAAGCAGAUCCACGAGAUCAAGGACUUCCUGCUGACGGCGCGGCGGAAGGACGCGCGGUCGGUGCGGAUCAAGCGGGCUAAGGGCGCCGUCAAGUUCAAGGUUCGCUGCUCCAGGUACCUCUACACCCUCUGCGUCCACGACGCCGACAAGGCCAACAAGCUCAAGCAGUCGCUCCCCCCAGGUUUGAGCGUUCAGGAGAUUUAAGUAGCAAGUCAGACUACGCCUUAUGUGGUGUCAGAGAUGUUUUCCCUCCAGUAUUUCUUUAGUAUAAUGCAUAGGUGGCUUAAGCCAUGUUUGAAUGAAUUAUGAAGCUUGAGUUUGAAAAGUGUAAUGUUGGAAGUGAUGUAUUGGACCUAUGAUCCUGUAGUGUAAUGGUACUCCCUUGUGGAGAAGAUAAUCGCCUAUCAAUUUUGUUUUAAGUCUGAAUUUUGAGAAAUGUA